CACGUGAUCGGUGCUCCAUUCUCGCCAUUUUGAGUCCAGAGUGAAGCACUUUUACACCCCUGGAAUAAAAACAGCGCAUCACGGGCACCGAGGCCAAAGAUCAGACACAACUGCCGCAUCAGAAUGGAGGACAGCAGUGGUGUUGCUGUCUUAGUGCCCCACUCUAGAGGCCAGCAGGAUACAGUCUUCAUUCCCGACAGACGUCUUCAUGGUGGCGAGGACCAGCAACGGCAGCAGCAAAAGCAGGCUGCUGACUCUCUUAUUCAGGUCAUUGAGAAGCUCAGCAAGAUUGUGGAGAAGAGGCCCAGAAGAUGCACCGUCUCUGGGAAAAAGAGACCCUUGAUGACCUGUGCAUCUAUGCCUGUUCCAGACAGCAGGGACUGCACUGAAGGGGCCACACCUUGUAAGAGACCCAGAGAGCAAAGGGAAAAGCGCCCAGCACCCAGCAGCACGCCUGGGCAUGUGUUCGCACGGGAGCCUUCAAGUCAAGGCACUCGGACAGUUACGUGUUACCAGUGCAGUAUGUGCCGAUUUAUCUCACCUACAUUGGAGCUGUUGAAAGAGCACCUGCUGCAGCAUGACGAGCAGCACAGUGAGCUCAUCCUCAUGUGCUCAGAAUGCCAGUUCACUUCAAAUCAUCAAGAGGAGCUGGUGGCACACGUAAGACUCCACCUGGAGGAGGGCGACCAUGCUAGACGCAUCCUAGACGAGCAAGCAUUGGCUAGGAGGGUUCACCAAGGGAUGACGGUUUUGAAGACAAGCAACUUAGAAUCAGAGAAGACGUCUACGCCGAAGAAGUGGUACAGCUUUGAGCAGGGUAGGUACCGUUGUCUUAUCUGCAACUAUGAAUGCAGACAGCAGCGCAAUUUGAAGACCCAUGCAUGGAAACACGCUGGCCUGGUUGACUGCUCAUACCCGAUAUUUGAAGACGAGACAGACUGUCCUGAUACUUUACAAAGCUCCUGUCCUCCUGCAGUUCCAGCAGGUAAAGAGGAUACCAUUGUAGUUCUCGCAGCAGUUGGAGGAAAACCUCAGACGAUGCAUGGCUCCUCUAGCCUCCAGCUAGAGCUGUGUGCCUCACCAGAAGUGAAGUGUCAUGAGGAGACGGCAGCUUUGAAAACAGUGGAGAGCAAAAUGCCAGUGAUUAGCCACAUUUUUUCUAUUAAAGACCCCGAGGAGCCCUUGAUGGAGGUCCAGGUGACACCUGAGGCACAAAUGGAGCUGGAGUUGGAGACUGAGAGUCGACAGGCUAGCUCCGACAGCCUCCUGUCCUCUGCGCAGAAGAUUAUCAGCUGCAGCGGCAACAGUGCCGGCCACGUCAACGUCAUUGUGGAACGCCUUCCCUGUGCUGAGGAACCGGUGUCGAGCAAACCUCUGCUCCUCAGCCCAGAAGUAGAAGGAGACAAAACCCUUCUUGCCUCUGAGGAGCCAGAGUUAGAGAGCCAACACCACCCCGUAUACUACAAACAAAAGGAGGAGGUUGUGAUCGCCUGGAAUGAAGAAGAUCGACAACAGGAGGAGGAGACUGUGUCUUCAGGAUCUCCCUCAGAUGAAAACGUGCCACCGGUUCGGAGAAGGACUUACUCGGAGUCUCUUCGGCUGCAUUCUUUAGCAGCCGAGGUACUGGUGGCCAUGCCCAUGAGGGCCCCGGAGCUUAGCAAAACCACUGCGAAAGGUAUUCAUGACCUGUGUACGCAAAGCCCUGACACAGGCCAGAAAAUUAUAGAGAUUGCAGACACUGCCAACCCUAAGGUGUCCUCAGGAGAGCUCACCUGUGCCAUUGGAGAGCCAGCUGCUCUACUUAACCUUGGCCUCCAGAGUUCAAAAGAUUCUCGAGAUGUGCUGGUCGAGGGACCCUCCAAAGCCGGCAUCAGCAUGUCCCUUUUGACAGUCAUCGAGCGGCUGCAGGAGCGUUCUGACCAAAACACUUCAGAUGAGGACAUUCUGAAGGAGUUGCAGGACAACGCCCAAAGCCAACAUUCUGGUGGAGUUCCUGGGGGUGUUGCUGUGCCCGCCGAAGUUUCCUCUACAGACGGUCUGGUGGAAUAUAUAGCUGGGAGUGAGAGGCCCUACCGCUGUAGACUGUGCCUGUACAGCAGCGGAAACAAGGGCUACAUCAAGCAGCACCUACGUGUGCAUAGACAGAGAGAGCCCUACCAGUGCCCCAUCUGUGAGCAUAUAGCCUGUGACAGCAAGGACCUGGAGCGUCACAUGAUCCACCACUUCAAGCCCCGCAUGUACAGCUGCAAGCAGUGCACAGAGAGGUUCUACUACAAGAGUCAGCUGAGGAACCACGAGCGAGAUGGGCAUGGGAUAGACGACAUCAGCAACACACUGACCCACGUCGCUGAAAGCACAGUAAUCGUUGAAGAGACAGCUAAGAUGGCAGAUGAGUUUGGCGAGCAGAGCGUUUUCAAAUGCGAUGUGUGUGACUACACCAGCUCCACGUAUGUUGGGGUGCGUAACCAUCGGCGAAUCCACAACUCCGAUAAACCAUACAGGUGCUGCAGCUGUGAUUUCGCCACAACUAAUAUGAAUAGCCUGAAGAGCCACAUGAAAAGACAUCCACAGGAACACCAAGCCAUGCAGCUGCUGGAGCAGUACAGGUGCUCACUGUGUGGUUACGUGUGCAGCCACCCACCAUCUCUCAAAUCCCACAUGUGGAAACAUGCUGGAGAUCAGAAUUACAACUAUGAGCAAGUCAACAAGGCCAUUAAUGAAGCCAUUUCUCAGAGUAGCCGAUCUCCUACGACGCCUCUGAAGUCAACACAUGAGACGGGGAUGGAGCGUCCAUAUAUUGUCUUGACCAGAAAAGACAAACAGUCACCUGAGGUGGCUUCUGCUUCAGGUGGACAAGAAGGCAACCCCGUGAGGCCAUCGUCCACCAGGGAGCAGGCCGGCGGGGCUGUAGCGUUGCGGAGCGGUUCGGGGCAGACGCGGGCAGGUAUGGAAUACUGUGUGCUGCUCUUUUGCUGCUGUAUCUGUGGCUUUGAGUCCACCAGUAAAGAGCAGCUGAUGGAGCACAUGAAGCAGCAUGAGGGAGAUCUGAUCAGCAUCAUACUGAGCAAGGAGCAGCAGGGAAAUCAGCCCACAGAGACCAGCAGCAGCCAGUGACACACACAUAUUCAUACAUACCGGUCUUGUAUCAUUUCUGCUUGGACAAGCAACAUGCACACUUUCAAAACUUUCUUUUUUCUAUCGAUUUACCUUUGUAUUGAUGUCACAGUUAGUUUCCGUUACUGCUAUUGACCAUGGGCAUGUGAUUUCAGCGAAGUGCAGUCAAAUAGGCAACAAAUGAAAUGUAAUUUACUAGUUCAGCAGCGGAAAGAGUAACUUUUGUUGUGAAUUAUGCAAAUGAUGAAUUUCAAAGUCAUUGUAUACCUCAUCUGUUCAGAACAUACAUCGUAGAGUCCACACAUUAUGAAAAUGAGGCAGCUUCUCUUGUUCACUGUAAUAUUAUUUAUAUCUAUAUUUCCUAUGUGCGUUAACCUUUACCUUUAGAGUUUAGAGACACUGAUUUCUUUCUUGCUGUCUCUGUGUCAUUUGCAUUGAUAUUUAUCAAACUAAUUUAUUUUUUAUGCAUGUUCCCCUCCGUUAUGUUCAUACAAAUUAGAAAAUUUGUUUCUAGUUAUGGUCUCUUUUUUGGUGCUAUUGGGCUUGCGCUCAGAAAUGAGCGAAAUAAGUCAUCAUUGGGAAUGUAUCUUAAAUUUGUAUAUAAGCGUUAUAUAAUGAAUUUAAAUGUUUUCAUUGAAACAGCACAAGUAUAAAAUUGGCCCCAUAAUUAACUAUUGGAAACGUGCAGCAGAAAAAGCUACAGAUAGAUCAAUGUAUAAUUAUUAUUGUUAUUAUUGAAAUACACACAUUCAAAUCUUUA